AUGGCAUCCAAUCAGAAAAGGAACACUGAUUUCGUGGCCGGUCAGGAGGGUUCAUUGGCGCAGGAGUUAGAAAAAAAUCAAGUCCAUUUAUCCCUUCGUGCAGUUCAGCCUGUCAACGUCAGCGUCCGAGAUCUAGUCGUGCAUAUCGAUACAACCCCUCCGCUAUUUCAGAGCUCCCCACGAUUGCUCUGGGACCGCAUCCGACGCAAGACUGAUUUCCCCAUGAAGACUGUUUUGCAUGGCAUCUCUGCGGACAUGCCUCAAGGUAGCUUGACAGCGAUAAUUGGUGGCAGCGGUUCGGGUAAAACAAGCCUUUUGAAUGCUAUAUCUGGUCGGAUGAACCUAAGCCGUGUCAAGAUGGCUGGCUCGACGACCUUCAAUGGCAGCUUAAAUGUCAAUAGCAUUAGUAGCGCGUACGUGAUGCAAAAUGACAUCCUCAUACCGACCUUGACAGUGCGGGAAACUCUCCAAUACUCAGCUGAUCUGAGGCUUCCUCCUCCCACCACCCAAAAGGAGCGACAGAACGUAGUCGAAAAAGCUAUCCUGGAGCUGGGUUUGAAAGAGUGUGCAGACACACGAAUCGGAAGUUCGGCGCACAAAGGGUGUAGUGGAGGGGAAAAGAGGCGCACCAGCAUUGGUGUCCAGUUGCUGGCGAAUCCGUCAGUUCUCUUUUGCGAUGAACCGACAACAGGUUUGGAUGCCACGAGCGCCUUUCAGAUCAUUAGAACCCUGAAGAGACUGGCUCAAGAUGGAAGAACAAUCAUAAUAUCAAUUCACUCUCCUCGAUCUGAGAUAUGGGGUCUUUUUGACCGUGUGGUGCUUUUGUCUCGCGGGUCUGUCCUAUACAGUGGAACAGCAGCUGGGUCCCUAGAUCAUUUCGCAGAAUGUGGCUACCAUCUUCCACCCUUUGUUAACCCAGCAGAGUUCUUAAUCGAUUUGGCUGCGUACGACAAUCGUUCUGAAGAAGCCGAAUUAGCAUCAUCGGCACGUGUCGAGGCGUUGAAAGAUGCUUGGAUAGCCAGAACGAGCAAGAUUAACAUCAAGAAAUCCAGUUCACUCUCUUCAUCUGAUCAACAGGCUGAUGUCGCGCGACAAAAAAAAGUCGAUUUUUAUCGACAGUUCCGAGUGCUGACAGCCCGAACUUUUAAAAUGACAAUCAGAGAUCCCAUGGGAGUAGCUGGUAGUUUCUUCGAAGCCAUCAGCAUGGCUGUCAUCACAGGUUGGAUUUUUCUUCAGUUGGAUACGAGCCUGGCAGGGAUACGUUCGCGGCAGGGAAGCCUCUAUAUCGCCAGUAGUUUAAAUGGCUAUUUAAUUUUGAUAUAUGAGACAUUUAGACUUACAACCGAUAUUCAACUAUUUGAUCGAGAGCGAGUUGAGGGAGUGGUGGGUGUUUCAUCACUUUUACUGAGCCGGCGGGUUGCACGGAUUUUCCUUGAAGACCUACCAGUGCCCAUUUUAUUCUCUCUAAUAUUUUACUUCAUGGUCGGAUAUCGCCUUCAAGCAGCUGAAUUUUUCAUCUUUCUCGCGCUGAAUAUUCUUACGCAAUAUACUGCCGUCAUAUAUGCGUGCAUUUGCAUUGGAAUAUCUAGACAUUUCCCGGGUGCCAGCUUGGUGGGGAACCUGUCUUUCACACUUCAAUCUGUUGCCUGUGGAUACUUUGUGCAGUCAAACCAGAUCCCCGUUUACGUGAGAUGGCUGAAAUGGAUCACAUAUUCAUUUUAUACGUUCGGGGCCUUAUGUACCAACGAAUUUAUCGGUCCGCGUGGCCCUCCUUAUGGCCAGUUUUACGACUGCCCAUAUUCGGACAAUCCAGCAGAUCCCCGCUGCAAAGAAUAUACUGGCAAGUUCAUUAUCUCCAGUCUCGGAUUUCCACCAAACUGGAUCUGGCGACCGAUUUUAAUCAUGCUCUCUUUCAUAAUCGUCUUCUAUAUUGAUGCUACUUUGAUACUUCAAUUCAGGAAAUUUGAUAUGGAUGUUGCUCAAGCUAUAAAUACGGACGGAGACCUUUCCGCCGGAAAGGAAAAGCUAGUUCCUCGAUCGACGGAAGACGUUCGAAAAGUUUCCAUUCUCCUUGACAAAUAUACGUUAGAGAUACAAAAAAGAUCGUUGGGAAGGCGAGGAUUCAGGUCCGACCGCUUAAGCAUAUUGAAGCCGAUAUCAACCGAAUUUCAACCAGGACAACUCAAUGUCAUCAUGGGACCAUCCGGAAGCGGGAAAUCCUCCCUGCUAUGUUCUAUCUCCAGGAGGCUUCACGGUUCGUUUGGAACUCGAUACCGCAUUGGAGGCGGUAUGUUGUACAAUGGUGCGGUGCCUUCAGAAAGCGUAAUCAGAUCCGUCUCAUCGUUUGUGGCUCAAGAUGAUGAUGCUCUGAUGCCAUCGCUAACGGUGCGUGAGAGUCUCCAGUUUGCUGCCGGCUUGAGACUUCCUUCCUGGAUGUCAAAAGGAGAAAAGAACCGCCGUGCUGAGGACAUACUUCUGAGGAUGGGUCUGAAAGAUUGCGCAAACAAUUUAAUUGGUAGUGACCUGAUCAAGGGAAUUAGUGGUGGUGAAAAACGAAGAGUGUCCAUUGCCAUACAGAUCUUAACAGACCCGAAGGUUUUGCUCCUGGAUGAGCCUACUUCCGGUCUGGAUGCGUUCACGGCCACCUCUAUUAUUGAAGUUUUGAACGGUCUAGCAGCUGAGGGCAGGACUCUCAUUCUCACAAUACACCAAUCCAGAUCCGAUAUUUUCCAUCAUUUUCACAAUAUUUUGUUGCUUUCGAGGGGUGGUCACCCUGUCUACUCAGGAAAAGGAGAGAAUAUGCUCUCUCACUUUGAGCGUCUCGGAUACCCCUGCCCCAAUACCACAAAUCCUGCUGAUUUUGCCUUGGACUUGAUAACGGUGGACCUCCAAGAGCAAACGAGGGAAGCCAUAAGUCGUGUCAGAGCACAACGUUUGAUUACGGAUUGGGCGGAAAAGCCGCUUGAAUUAACCCGUCAGACAUCAGUGAUCACGACCCCAGCUGAGCUUGGGAGCCUAAAGCGACAAAUCAAUCCGUUUUUAGUUAUUUUGCCUCUGGUCCUGCAUCGAUCGCUCAAAAAUCUGCGGAGACAACCACGCCUUAUCGUUGCGCGAAGCAUGCAGGUGAUCGGCAUGGCAGUGAUUACGUCGCUGUUCUUUGCCCCCUUGCAGAACAAUUAUGAGGCUGUCCAAUCGAGGAUGGGUGUUCUCCAGCAGUUUGCUGCUAUGUACUUUGUUGGGAUGUUACAAAACAUUGCAAUAUACCCCAACGAAAGAGAUGUGUUCUACCGCGAACAAGAGGACAGCUGUUACUCCGUCGAGGCGUUCAUGGUGCAAUACACUAUCCUUGAAGUUCCAUUCGAAAUUUUCUCCUCACUGAUUUUCGGUGCCUUAAUGGCAUUCGUCGUGGGAAUGCAACGGACGGUGAAAAUGUUUCUUAUCGCUGCCUUCAACUGCUUUUGCAUAGUUAACUGCGGUGAAUCACUGGGGAUCAUGUUUUGCACGUUAUUUUCUCACGCCGGAUUUUCCGUAAAUGUUACUUCCAUUCUUCUUUCAAUAGCCAACAUUCUCGGCGGGAUAAUGAGCCUCAACAUUCCCGCUGUUCUCCAAGCGCUCAAUAGCCUUUCUCCUAUCAAGUAUGCUAUUGCGAAUCUGGCUUCUUACUCCGUGACUGGCCAUCGUUUUACUUGCAGUGAUUUCCAACGUUUACCCGAUGGCCAUUGCCCAAUAGAGACCGGUGAACAGGCACUGAAGCUGUAUAAUUUAGACAAGAAUCCUGAGAUGAAUCUGGUGGCUUUGGGCGUUUGCACAAUAAUUUAUAGGAUGGUGGCGUAUGGGCUGUUGAAGGCUUAUAGAUCGCAUGGAUUUUGGGAGAAGAUUAGGAUGCUGUUUCGAAGGAAAAGACGGCCUGGACAUAAAGGAAAUGACAUAGAGAUAGUGGGAUAG